AUUAUUUUCAUUAUUAUUAUUUAUUACCUACUAGUAUUAUGAAAAUUUAGUUUUUAAAAUAUCAAAUAUCAUCAAUAAUUUUAGUAACUAAUGUCCAUAUUCUAAUAUCAUAAUAUCAUAUUAAACCAAUGAUGAGUAAUAAAAGGACAUUGAAUGAUUUUUGGAACCAUGUACCAAAGGGACCUAUAGCCAGUACUAGUUCUGUUCCAAAUACAGGUGUAUCAACUACAGCCAAAGAAAAUGUUAUAGGACAUGCAAAUAAAAAACUUAAGAUGACCAAUAUACAGAUUCCCUCCCUCCUAUAACAGUAUCAACAGGUAUUUAAUUUGCGUUUAAACCUAUGUAUUCAUGUUUUCUUUAUGAGUCUUAAAUAUGUUGUGUGCUCGAGGUAAAGGUAUGUGUUUAUUAUUUGUUUUGAAUAUUCAUUGGAUAAUGUAGAUUAAAUUUAUUUAACUAAUAAUAAUAAUCCAAUGAUUUUAUUGGUAGUACUAGAUUGUAACACUUGUAUAUAUUAAAAUUUAUUAACUUAAAACAUUAGAAAAGUGUCUAGUCGAAUUGACAGCAACAAUACUCAACAUUUUACUUCUGACAAAAAAACAGAAAUGAAAUGUUUUGUGUACUACACAGUUUUAGAUGACCUUUUAAACGGAUUAGAAGAACGUUUUAGUCAAGAAACACUUUUACUAAUAAGUGCAAUUGGACGUUUAUUACAGUUUAAGCUGCAUGAACAAGACUUAAUUUUACUUUCCAAUAGGUUUAAUUUAAAUGACAGUGAACUUGAAGCAGAACUCAGAUUGUUAAAAUCGUUACCAGAAUUUGAAAUUGGUAAAACUAGCAAAACUAUUUAUGAGUGGUUAAAUAAUCUGUCCACUAAUAAUUUAUGUAAUAGUUUUCAAAAUAUUUACAAGAUAUUAACUCUUUUUGUAACAAUGCCAGUCACAAGUUGCUCUUGUGAGAGAUCUUUUUCAAAAUUAAGUCUGGUAAAAACAAAGCUAAGAAGUUGUAUGACGCAAGAUCGAUUGGAGUCAAUGAUAUUAGUAUUUGUUGAACAGGAAUUGGCAUCUGAAUUAGAUCCAGAAGACAUAAUUGAAGAGUUCAAACAUCUUAACAAUACAAAACGGCGACUAGAACUUUAAUUAUUUUGAAAUUUUGUAACUGACACAUAUAUAUUAUAUAAUAUUAUAUUUAUUAUUUAUACAUGA